AUGAGGUCACUCCUGGUGUUUCUGCUUCUGGCUGCUCUGUGCACUGACCUGGCCCUGGCCCUGCACUGCCACGUAUGCUGUGGCCACGAGAACUGUGAGUCCCUGGUGGAGUGUGCCCUGACGGACAAGUACUGUGUGAUCACACGGGCCACCAACCCGGGCGGCAUCCUGGUGAUGAAGUCCUGCGCCCCCACCUGCCCCAACAGCACCGUGUCCUCAGACGGCCGCGCCCUCUCUGUCUCCUGCUGCCAGGGCAACCAGUGCAACCGCAGUGGGGCGUUGGGUCUGGUGGGUGGUCGUGGGGCCCUGUGGGUCAGCACCUCUGCAAGCCUGCUGUGGGUGCUGCUCUGGGCAGCCUGGUGA